GGGAUAUGUAUUGGCCCUGCUAAAACAAAUAUGGCGGCUGUCACAUGAGCGACCUCAACCUUCCUGACUGUAAGAAGAUUUAAAAUGGACGACGAAGACGAUCUUCAACCCGAUUCUCCGCCCGGGUUUGUGGAAGAAAUUGAUAGUUCAGAACUUGAGCAAAUCGAGACAGUUGGAAGAGGUGCAUUUGGGGUUGUUUCCAAGGCAAUAUAUAGACAGAGAUUUGUUGUUGCUGUCAAGACAAUUGAAACUGAAGCAGAAAAGAAAGCAUUUAGUGUUGAGGUUCAACAGCUGUCUCGUAUCAGUCAUGAUAAUAUCAUCAAGUUGUAUGGUGUCUGCACCACCCAGAAUCCUGUAUGUCUGGUCAUGGAGUAUGCUGAAGGAGGCUCACUUUACAACUUACUUCAUUGGCAACAUCCUUCAUCACGAUGUGCACCAAUUUACACAGCCUCUCAUAUGAUGAGCUGGGCUCUCCAGUGUGCAAGAGGAGUAGAAUAUUUACAUGGAAUCAAACCCAAAGGAAUUAUCCACAGAGACCUCAAGCCUCCAAAUUUGUUGCUGACAAAAUGUGGAACUGUUUUAAAGAUUUGUGAUUUUGGAACAGCUUGUGACAUGAAAACAUACAUGACAAACAACAAGGGAAGUGCAGCGUGGAUGGCUCCUGAAGUGUUUGAAGGUAACAAUUACACAGAGAAGUGUGAUGUUUUCAGUUUUGGUAUAAUCCUUUGGGAGAUGAUUACUCGCCGUAAGCCUUAUGAGGACAUGUCUGGAUUCAAUGCUUUCAGAAUAAUGUGGGCUGUUCAUAAUGGAACGAGGCCUCCUUUAAUAGCAAAUAUUCCAAAACCAAUUGAAGAUCUAAUGACAAGCUGCUGGGAUAAGGUGCCAGCAAAGAGACCAUCAUUUACAAGAAUUGUUCACAUACUUCAACAUUUAGUGCAAUUCUUUCCAGGUGCAGAUACUUGCCUUGUUUUUCCAGUUGGAACUUCAAGUACAAGCACAGAUGAAAGCAGCACAAGCUCAGACCUGUCUCUGUUAAGCCCUGAAAUGGAUCAGAAUGGUGGGGAAAUGUCCACACAGGGUAGCACAUUGAGUGACACUGUCAUCGGAAUCAAGAGUCAGCCAUCUACUGAGAGUGAUGAAGAAGGUUCCUAUGAAAUUGAGGAUGAGGAAAAAGAAAAUGAUGAAACUCCAGUCCCAGGAAAAUUAGAAGGUGAAUCUCCUUUGGAGGGUGAAUAUGAAAGUCCUCACCGUGCAGCCUCUCCAACCAUUACUAUCUCAGUUGACAACAAGAGUCCUACAGCUCAGUUUGUGCGACAGCGGUCAGAUUCUGGAGGGACCAGUCACAGGACGGGAAAAGCUCCAGUGAGCCCUUUACCUGGACCAGUUCCAGGUAUUAAUUUUGAGCCAAUCAAAAUUGUUCCAGCAUCGGCUUCUCCAAGCUCAAACUCUAGCUUGAUGACCUCAUCUCCAUUGCCAUCUGAGGUGAGCCCAGUGAAGGCUUCAAGUGCAAGAAUUUCCUAUCCACCAGUGAGUCCUGCUGUCAGUUCUGGUUACUAUCCAAAUUACACUUCAGACAUCCAACCAAGUGGAGGAAUGCAGCAGGCACCAUUUUAUCCACCUGGUAGCCUUAUGUCUACAGCUCCAUCAACAGGACAACCACUGAUCUAUUCUGAGGCUUCAGGGUCUGGUUUUCUGGGAGGUGCAACAUCCCCAUACAAAUCUCCCAGUCCUAUUCCCCCAAAUUAUGGUCAGCAAGGGGCUUACCCAUCAAACACCAUGUACCCCCCUGCCACUAGCUAUGCCUUAUCCACACCAACCAGUACUAGUCCAUUGCAAAUGCCCACAUCAAGCACUGUGCCAUCAGUACCUAGAAAUACUCCUGUGUCGGGCUUUCAUGCACCACAGCCACCUGAUGGUUUGGACAUGGAAGAACUACGGCUGGCCCUACAGAAUGAUCUUGACCCUCCAGAACAUAGCAAUAGAGUGCGCUUUAAUUCCAGCGGCCCUUCUUCACAGGGAUCUCAUGCUGUGGGAUCUGGAUUUUCCAGUCCAUCAAGUUCAGGAACCAGCAGUCCUUACCCAGACAGGAAGACAAGUUGGCCUGUGAGUUCCCCACACACACACAACCAUCCUCAUCCUAUGACAAGAUCUGUGUCUUCUCCAGAAAGGAAGUUCAGUGGAGAAAAGAAGAGCCCUUUGGCACGGAGACGUGAACAAGAUCAAUCAGGGUUCCCAAGUAUUCUACAGACUUUGGCUACCCAUUUGCAGCCUAUUGCACCAAACCCUGCAAUUCCAGAGUCACAGGCAAUUUACGAGGAGCAUAUAAAGCUUGCAAGGGAAUACAUUCAAGUUCAAACAGAAAUGGCAAUGAUUCUGCAAAAGAAGCUUGAACUUGAAAAAGACUUGGAAGAAUAUGAAACAGAACAGCAAGUUAAUGCUCAAUAUGUAGAGGAGUUUGCAAUGUUGACGAGUGAAAAGGAAAAUCUCCUUUUGCUUCACAAAAAUUUGAAGUCACAGCUAGAGGAAAUGAAACGGCAGCCACCUGCUCUGAUACCUGGUUGUCCACUAAGUAGCCAGUAUAGAUGACUGACCACAGAGUAAACACACAAACAGUGUACAGUGUAUAUAAUAAUUCAGAUAUUUGCAGUUAUAGAAAAUCAAAAAUUAUUUCUUUCCUGGUUUUAGGGAAUUUGUUUCCUCACAUCAACUUCUGUAUUCCUUCCUUCCUUCCCAUUCUAACAAGACUCUAAUUUCAGUUUAUGAAUAUUAAUGUGAUAGCAUGGCAUGAAAUUUAGUAACUAUGUAAUUAAAAUUAUGGGAAUGGACAGAAAAUUGUCCUAUAUAAGGUCAUGUGAUAUUUAUAGCAUGGCUGCAGAUGUUAUCUACCUUAGUAUUUUUUCUGUAUCUUAUGUCUAAGGAUUGCUUUCCUUUCACAUAAUUGCACAGCCAGUGUUUGUUUUUAAUGAAUUAUUUUAUUUGAAUCUUCAUUUAUUAAUGUCCUUCUUAAUAAUUGAAUUAAUUCUAAAUCAGUGCAUCAGCUUCAAAGUUGCUUUUUGUAGGAGAAAAAAUGUGACUGAGUUAUAAUUUAUGACUGUGAAUAUAUGAAAAUCAUCAUGUAAACUGUGGUUUAAGAAAUGAAGAUAAAAGCAGUAGUCAAAAUAAGGUCAGAAAAAAUUCAGUCAUGUAUAGGAUUUGACUCCAUGAGCUCUGCCAUACUGCUGCAGUGCUCUACCAGUUUCCACAGCUGCUUAAGUGGUGUUCAUUACUGCAAAGAUUGCUUUUAUUUUCAUAAGCCUUAACUGAUGAACAAAAUAUGUUAUAUUCAGGAAAUUUCGUAAGGUUUUCUUUGUUGCACACAUGCAUUUUUCCAUUCACACAAGCUACUGCUGGUAAGGAACUUACAAUCAAAAGUUAUUUCUACCACCUCAAUUACUAAGUUAUAAUUUAAGAUUUGUUGUUGGUGCUGUAAUUUGGAUGGAAUCAGGAACCAUUUUAGAAUAAAUUGGUACAUAGUGAUUGUAAAUUG